AUGGUCCAGGGUGCGAUCUUGGCUUUGAUUGUGGCUAAUCUGGCUCUGUUUGUGGCAUCGACCGACCCGAGCUGGUCGGCCUCGAGCGAGACGGCCUUUGCAUGGAUCGAAGGCUGCUCGGUCAUCAUCUUUACCUUUGAAUACGUGGCGCGGGUGUGGUCGAUUGUCGAGGCAAACAAGUACGCACACCCGCUAUGGGGCAGGAUCAAGUUUAUGACCAAGGCCGUGUCUCUCAUCGACGCUGUCGCCAUUCUCCCGUGGUUCAUCGGGCUCUUUGUGGAGGCUCUGACGCCGCACGAUGUGCCGAUCACCACUCCGAUCCGCAUCUUUCGCGUCCUUCGCCUGCUCAAGACCGAGCAGUACGGGCAGGCGUUUGCCUCGGUCAAGCGGGUUGUCUGGCACAACCGCGAGAUUCUCUCGGUCGGCCUCCUCCUCUCGGGCAUUCUCCUCUUUGCCACCGCCACUCUUCUGUGGGCGGCGGAGCACAAAGACAACCCGGGCGACUUUGGGUCGAUCCCCAAGACCCUCUUUCUUGCUGUCCUCAUGCUCACCGGGCAGGGCAUCGACUACUCUGGCAAAAACUACUCGACGCUGACGCUCAUCAUCAUCGCUGUUACGGCUGUGGUCUCUGUCGCCUUCUUUGCCAUUCCGGCCGCCAUGCUCGCUUGGGCCUUCGAGUCCGAGGCCGAGCGUCUUGUCGCUGUCCGCCGGGAGCGGGCCAAGGCCAAGCGGCGCGCAGUCGAGCUGGGCAUGACCUAUGUCGAGCCGAUCACCGACUCGGACUCGUUCUCCUCCGACUCGUCCGGCAUGCUCUCAUCGUCCGAAGACGGCUCGCCCGAAAUCUUUGCCCUCUUUGACGAUCCGACCUCGCCGGGCCUCGACGCCGCGCACCUUGGCCUUGUCCUCCGCACCUUUGGCUAUGACUUUGACGCCGAGACGCUCGAGGACAUGCUCGGGGACGUUGAUCCCUUCCGCACCGGCAUCAUCACCUACCCGCGGCUCCUCACGCUGUUGGCGCGGCGUCGGCUCCGGCGCAUCCAGGACCUCGGCCCAGCCGCCGGCGACGAGCCAUGGCGGACGGGUGGCCGAUUCUCGCCCGAAGACGGCUCCCGCUCGUCUCUCCAGCCGCUCACCGACGUCUCGCACGCCAUUGCUGUCCUGAAAGCGCUCUCGCCCGCUGAUCGGCUGCAAGCUCUUGCAGCUGUUGCUGCUCCGUAG